AUGCGUCACAAGCGAGCCUCGGCAGGUCCAGAGAUUCAUCAGCGCCACGCGGCCCUUCUUGCUGAGCACGAGCGAAAGCAGGUCCUGAUGCCACGCCGUCUCCCGCUGCAGGAACUAGCGAUUGUUUACUUUCCAAUCCUAGCCCUCUUUACUAGCAGCGACGCAGCGGCCAUGGCGCGCCGACUGCUGAUCUUGCGGCAUGGCCAGAGGCCGGACGAGAUCCCAGAUCCAUCGCUAUCCGCAUUUGGAUUCCAGCAAGCUGAGCACGUGGCAUCGAUGUUAAGGCGGAGCGGCAUUUGCAUCGAUGCCAUCUUCUCAUCGCCAUUCAUACGCUGUUUGCAGACUGCUGCGCCCUUGGCGAAAGCUCUUGGAAAGCAGAUUCGCGUCGACUGGGGCUUCAGUGAAGUACUUGCGCACGAAUGGCUGUAUCAUGCCAACCCGCUGCCGCAGCUUCACUUUGGCAAAUUUCAGAAGACUGGAGAAGAGUUGCCCAAUGUUGCUGGAGAUCUUAUCGACGCCGGAUACGAGUCUCCAAUUCCUGGAUAUCCUGACUUCGUAGGCCCAGCGCGGGCAGGUGAUGCAGUGCAGCGCGCGCGACCCAUAGCGCGUGCCCGGGAGGCGCUUUCUCGGGCCAUGCGCACAGAGCCGAUUCCAAGGACUCUGCUUGUCGUAGGCCACGGUGCCUCGCAUGACUAUGUGAUUGAGGCUCUCGCGCCAGGCUCGCUUCCGUUGGAGCACCAGGUCCCUUUCUGCGUGGAGAACGUGUCCUUUACAACAGCGCUUCGUCGCGAGGACGGCAGGUUCUGCCUGUACGGCUUCAACGAGCAGAUUCCACGCUUGCUGGCAGACGGCUGGCAGCACACAUUCCAGCCUACUUCAAGGCCAGCUAGAGCCACGGACACGUGGACCGUCGACGAACUCAUGUGGCGCGAUCAAACUCGACAAUGCGCCGUCCAGGUGCUAACGCCGCAUGCCUUCUUCGUGCCAGAGCUUCAGCAGGUGUUUCUUCUCGACAGCCUCUCCGGACGAGCAUGCCAAGUGCUCCCUGAGGAAGAGCUUCGUCCUUCGCAGUCUGGCGUCCCGCCGCCCCUCCCGACGGCCUGGAAAGUCGAUUAUGAGCUCUGGCCGGGUGGCCAUCAGCUCGGUGGAGGAGCUUUUGCAGAGGUGUUUCAUGUCCGGCAUCGUACCAGCCAUACCGGCUACGCAGUGAAGGUUAUGAGCAGAUCCAACUUCGCGAACCGUGGCAUUGAGUGCCAGAUCGAUUGGGAGAUUCAAGCCAUGCGUGCCGCCACCCUCUACAGAGACCAGCUGGAGACCCACGUUUUGCGACUGCUGGAGGACACUCAAGAGGGCGACUUUGUGUACCUCUUGCUAGAGCUUUGCGAGCAAGGAGAUCUGCUGCGCAAGCAAGGCGUUCUGUCCGAAAAGACGGUGAAAAGCAUCGCCAGACAAUUGAUGCUCGGCUUGCAGGUGGUGCACAAGCUGGGCUUCAUCCACCGAGACAUCAAGCCAGAUAACCUGCUAUGCACAGCGGAUGGGCUGUUGCGACUUGCAGAUUUUGGCUGGUGCUGCCGAAAGGAGGAUCGCCCGACAUGCCUUGCAGGCACGCUGCUCUACAUGGCCCCCGAAGUGCUGUCGAAUGUGUGUGCAGGCCGAUGUGUGGAGUGCCGGAAUGACCCUUUUCCAGAUGAUCACGGGGAGAACGCUACUCCAAACCAACCUGGAUCCUGGCGUGACCAAGCUUUCAGAGCGAGAUCCAGUGAAGUCAACAUUGCUUCGCCAGCAGUGGCUGCUGUGGGCCAUGCGCUCAGCUUCGGUUUCCGGACGGUGCGGAGCGGCGCCCGCCUUCUGACAAAUUACGGCCGAACCACAUCAGCCAGCCCAUUGGCGUGGGACCUGGUGCAGAGAAUGUUGACUAAAGACCCAGCCGAACGUAUCUCUGUGGACGAGGCGCUCUCACACCCCUGGCUGCGCGAGCAAACAGAGGAGCCAAUUGAGGGCAAGGUUGCGACAAGCCCGUUGCCGUCCCGGCGCAAGGCUUGCGAGGAGGUAAGCUCACCCUCGAAGGACAAGGUGCCAACGCCUUCGAAACCACGAUCUUCGAAGCCGAACAUGGCAUACACACCUCCUGUUUCACCGGAGGUGACCCCGGAGCGCACCCCCUGGCCGCAGAGUGAGUUCCUCGCGCCCGAUGAGAAGGAGAACAGUCGAGACCCGGAAGUGCUUGUCGCCGGAGCAGAAGAUGCGCCUGCAGAGCUUGCAGAUGAAGGUGGAGAACAAGUGGGCUUCGCCCAAGGACCACCUGUCGGAGAAGUCCGUCCCUGCCUCAGCAACCGGCAGCCUGUUUCUGAAGUGAUCAGCCUGCAGCCAGACCUCGAAGCUCGAGCACGGCCAUAUUGGGAGCUAAAGCGAAGUUUGGGAAGCGCAAUGGAGAACAUGCCCUGGAAUCAGCUAGGCGAAGGGCAUCCGAACCAAGCGGAGCAGCCCGUGCCCAGCGCGAAGGGGCUGAGACAAUUGUCCGAAGUGCCUGAAGAAGGCUGCAAGCCUCAGUCGGGGGGUUGCUCAUCAGUGAAAGUGCCGCUUGGCCAGUUGCCGCGUUCCCCCUUUGCAGAAACCGGAGACUUGCUUACUACCUCCGCCCCGGCGAGCCGCUUCAACUUGCGCGGAGUCGUCGGAGCCCUGCCACAGAGCGACAAGACAGCGCUGGAGAUGCUGACACCUCGCACAGCGGAGAGAAACCCACAGGCUGGGCAGCAACAGCCUGUCGGUGCGCUCAAUGUACCAGCCAUGCCAGGUCCCAGAAUGAACAAUUGGUGUGCUGGCGAUGAAGGAACUGCGCGGACAGGUGCAGGAGCCAAGGCCUGCUUUCAGCAUGCAAUCUGCACAACACUGUACAGGAUUGUACGGUGA